AUGACAGCGCCGCCGGGGCCCACCGAGAAGAUGAUCGAGGACUGCGCGAGGUGUCCCGUCUUCCUUCCCUUCAGGAACUGGCGUGCAGCGUGCGUGCGGGGACGUGCUAAGAGCUGCCCGCGCUUCAAGUGCGACGAGGGCGGCGAGGGCCUCUCCGGAGUACCUGGAGAGCCUCUCGAGGCAGUGGCGGGGAAGGACCUGCCGGUGAUCGCGGCAUUCCAUCGCAAGGCAAAGUGCCCUCAUGCACAUCCAGUGCCGCGCGAGGGCCUGGAGAAGGACGGAGAGAUGAACGCGAGAGCUCCCAUCAAGGCGGUGAUCCAGAUGUCGGAGGAGACGCGGGCCGGCGAGACGAUCGUCAAACUAGCCCGAGAGGCGAUGAAGCCAGCAACGAGCAUGCGUGGGCUCGCGCCGACGUCGAAGGGGCACGUCGAUCAGUGCGCUCGCAUGAAGCUGGACCCGAAGAGUCCGAUUGUCGCGUGGCUUCUCGAGCAUUCGUCGAACCUUUUCUACAUCUUCGGCGUGGAGUCGACGGAGAGGAUCGUCGGCACCGAGAGGGGCGUCUACGUCGCGCAGUCGGCGCAGCGGGCGCCCAGAGACCAGCGCUGCGAUUCCGAGGCGGUGUGCGAGUUGAAGGGCCCUCCGUGGAAGUCCGUCCCGGACGGCCCAGGGGGCGAGCAAGUGCGCGGGCGCCCCGGCGUGGCGGAGCUUGAGCCCGGGCGCCCCGCGGCGCCUCCUGUCCCCGCGGGGGCGGCCGAGCAGGUGGGUGGAGGCGCGGCCCGCGGUUCGGGUCGGCAGCCCCAGAUGGAGGCGGGCGAGCAGGGAUCCAGAGCUAAACGGGCCGCCCCGGAGGAGGGCGAGGCCGCGCAGGACGCCGUCGGAUUCAUGACUGGGCCCGUGGACCGCGGCGGCGGCGACGACGAGGUCGAGCGCGCCACCGGCGCCCUGGUCAAGGUCCAGAAAGAGCGCGCGCUCAUGGAAGUCCGCGGUUGUGGAGACGAAUGUCCAGCGCCAGUUGAGAAGCUGCGCGAGAAAGACGUCGACGACUACGUUGGCCCCGAGGACCUGCGCCGCAGGGGCGAUCUCUCGGGCAAGGCGUUGCCCCGGGAUCUGGCCCGGGAGGCGAGGGCGAUCGGCGCGAGAUGGGUCGACGCGAACAAGGGCGACGAGGCCAAUUGCCAGGUGCGAAGUCGGCUGGUCGCGAAAGACAUUCGUCGCAGGGGCUCUGUUGAGCAGCAUUUUGCUGCAGUGUCCCCACUGGCAUCGUUGAAGAUGCCCCUCAGUAUCGCCGUCGCUUCCGCGCUGCCCCGGAAGGAGGUGGCGCGCGCCAGGAACGGGCAGUGCGCGCUGCAGUUUUUGGACGUAAAGAAGGCGCGCAUCUGGGCCAUGGCCGAGCGGCUGCUGUUUGCGGAGCCCCCUGAAGACUACAGGCUGGUGGCUAACGAAAUCAAGGCUUUGGGCUUUCGUCAGGGCGGGGGCUCCGCGCGCUUCUUCUGGCGCCCGGCCAGUGUCAUCGGGGCGACGUUGCGCGGCGACGACAGCGCGAGUUUGGCCUCCAGGAUCGACGCCGACUGGCUGUUCAAGGAGCUCUGCAAGGAGUGGGCCGCGAAGGUGGAGGACAUCUUCGGUCCGCCCGACGAGCCGGAUGCAGCUCAUAUCAUUCGCGCUUCGAACCGGCUCCUGACGCGGGCGACGGAGGGCAUCGCGUGGGAGUGCGACCCGCGGCGCGCCGACAUCGCGAUUCGCGCUGCGCACUCGAGUAAACCAGCUCUGACUGAUAGUGCGGUAAGUUUGUGGCUGGUGUACCACGCCUUGCCUUUGGCCGCCUGCCUCCGCGUUCGCAGCGGCCUGCGAUUCGUUGGGAUUCAUAUUGCUGUCGAGGUCCUGACCAUCACCUUGCGCAAGUUCAGGUGCUUCAACGUGUCGCCAUCAUUCCACGCGCAGACGUCUUCUUCAGUGAUGUUCGGUGGGUUGGUCGUGAUUCCGUCUGGCACUUGCGGCUGGUCGAUGUUCGCCAACACGGCCAAGCAAUCCGACGCCGUCUUCGCGUGCGUUUUGCCGCAUUUCCCGCUGACAGGUUUGGUGGUUAUUUUCGACUUCAGCUAUCUUGCCUUCAUGGCGACCUGGCGCUGCUGCUUGGCGGCCUUGUCAGUGAGCCUCUGGAUGCACUGUAUCUCGGCGGCCACGUCUUCGAGGAAAGGCCCUACCUCAUCCGAGAUAAGCGUAUCGAACGUGGCUUUCGGCCAAUCGAUAUCCUGGCGCUUCACGGCGGGGACCUGUUCGUGCAUCUUUUUGAUCCUCGCGUGCAGAUCAGUCCCUUGCUUCUUGAUAGCCGCUGUACUCGUGGCCAGAGUCGCGUUAGCCUCGCCGGGCAGCUUACUGUCCAUCUUGGCCAUCUUGGCACACUCGCACUUGGAUCCAGUCGACAACCUGGACCUCGCGGGCGGCGCGUCCGUGGCCACGUGCACGGAGGAGAGGCGCUACGCAGCGUGGCAGACGGCGCAGAAGAAGAGGAUGGAGGAGGCGGCCGCCGACAAGGCCCAGUACGACACGCAGCAGCGAGCGUACAUGGACAGGCGGUCCGACAUCCUGCGCGACGCGGAGGCGCGGGCAGGGGCCCCCUACGCGGGCAAGACCAGCCGCGACGACUGGGCGUGGCCUGGCACCGGCGGCGGCGCGGCAGCGGGCAGGGAGGUGCACCUAACGGAGCCCCGCCGGGUGGGGUGCUAUCCCUAA